AUGUCGGCACAAUUCGCCGCGAAGAGGCUCGGCAAGGAGCUACAAAAGAUCAACAAGAGCCUCCCGCCACUCCCGCCUGGUAUCGAGCUCGUGUCAGCCGAAGACUUUGAGGAAUGGCUCCUAGACAUUCGAGUCCUGGAUGACAACCCGCUCUACUUGGGCGAGAUAUACAGGCUCAAGUUCAAAUUCGGCCCGUCAUAUCCGAUCGAAGCCCCCGAGGUGGUCUUUGUGAAGCUCCCCGACAGACCGAUUCCGAUACAUCCCCACGUCUACUCGAACGGAAUCAUCUGUCUUGACCUCUUGGGAUCGCAGGGCUGGAGUCCAGUCCAGAGCGUCGAAACGGUCAGCCGAAUGGCAAGCUCGCUCCCACCCAUGGCUCCUCAGGCCGGCCUUGAUACGGAGCAGGUCAGGGACAAGGCCCGCAAGGACCUGCUAUAUCUCCUUGAAGGAGUCCGCGGCAAGAAGAACCUUGUCAUUGAGAAGCAACUCGCCGGCCCUCUCGGCAUCAUCGUCAAAGCCUCAACCCUCCGCGACUAUGGCGUCGACAGUUUCUUUUUCCUCGAGAACAACAAUACAGACACAAGCCAGAGUAAUGUCGUCUUCAUUGCCCGCGGCGAGUCCACUCGCCACGCCCGUGCCAUCGCAGGCCAGAUAAGACGUCUGCAACGCGAGAGCCAAUCCCCACACGAAUUCCAUGUCUUCUGGGUCUUGGAGGAGGCGGGUGUGCUGGGCGACGUCAAUAUCGCCGAGCUACCUCUUUAUUUCUUUCCGCUCGAGAAGGAUGUCCUCUCUCUGGAACUGGACGAAUCAUUCCGAGACUUGUACCUCGCAAAGGACCCUACCCCCAUCUUUCUUCUGGCCCGCGCCUUGAUGGGGAUCCAACAAAAGCAUGGCCUAUUUCCUCGCAUCAUCGGCAAGGGCGAUAACGCAAAACGGGUCGCUGAUCUCCUCUCCCGCAUGCGGCAAGAACUUCUCGCGGGCGAGGACGCCAGUGAUACGGACAAGAUCGGUCUCAGCCCCAGUACCACAACUGAAAGCAUUAUUAUUAUCGACCGUGAAGUGGACUUUGUCACGCCUUUGCUCACGCAGCUCACGUACGAAGGGCUCAUAGACGAGGUGUUUGGGAUCCAAAAUAACCAGACAGACGUGGACACGACAAUUGUCGGCGCGCCGGCACAGCCAACAGCCCAAGGCACGCCGGCCGCCGCGCCCGCAAAUAGCCAAACACGGAAGCGCAAGAUCCAACUUGACGCAUCGGAUAAUCUGUUUGAGCAACUUCGUGACACCAACUUUGCCAUUGUGGGAUCACGGUUGAACAAGAUAGCCCAUCGAUUGCAGAGUGAUUUUGAGAGCAGGCACAGCACCAAAACGACAGCAGAACUAAGCGAGUAUGUCAAGAAGCUCCCCGGGUACCAGGCGGAACAGCAGAGACUUAAAAUACACACGGGCCUGGCCGAGGAGAUUACCAAAUACACGCGGACGGAACAGUUUAACAAGCUUCUCGAGGUCCAACAGAACCUCGCAGCUGGGGCCGAUCCAUCGUCCCAGUUCGAGGCGAUUGAGGAACUCAUUGCCCGUGACACCCCCCUACCCCAAGUCCUCAGGCUUCUGUGCGUCUACUCAUGCAUAUCUGGCGGCAUCAAGACCAAAGAGCUGGACCACUUUCGGCGGCUUAUUCUCCAGGGCUACGGCUACCAACACCUACUUACCUUACAGAACCUCGAAAAGCUACAGAUGUUUCUGUCGAGGUCGUCACCGCUCGCCUCAAUGAUCCCUAUGACCGGAGGGGCGGCGGGUGCUACGGGCACCAAGACCAACUACACGUUUUUGAGGAAGCAGCUCCGGCUCAUCGUAGACGAAGUCAACGAGCACGACCCCAACGACAUUGCCUAUGUCUACAGUGGCUAUGCACCCUUGUCGAUCCGGCUAGUGCAGUGCAUAUUGCAGAAGCAGUACCUACUCUCCAUUACACGAGGAAGCGGAGCAACGGGCACGCCGGGUCCUGCCGGUAGUGGUGCUCAGGGGUGGAGGGGGUUUGAUGAUGCUGUAAAGCAUGCCAGAGGGGCGACUUUUGACGAGGUCCAAAAAGGCGAAGACAAGGCGGUCAAGGCCCGGGCGCUGCUGUCGGGGGGCGGCGACAAGAAGACGGUGUUUGUCGUGUUUGUGGGGGGUGUCAGCUUUACCGAGAUCGCGGCCCUCAGAUUCAUUCAGAAAAAGGAAGCCGCCCGGAGAAAUAUCGUUAUUUGCACCACAUCGAUCAUUAGCGGAAACGUGAUGAUGGACGCGGCGAUCGAGAAGGAGGGUUUCGGCAAGGAGGCCCAAGCCUCGGAAACCCCAGACAGAUAG